AUGGACACUGAGACAUUUGCUGGAGCUGACGUUUUAUCUUUGGACGCCCCUUCUGAUGACAGCUUAUUUGAUGAAGAUGACAGACCAACAUUAGAUACAGAACCAGAAACAAUACCUCAAGUGGAAAUAAAAGAUUCAGAACCAGAAAUGAUAGCUCAAGUGGAAAUAACAGAUUCGGAACCAGAAACGAUACCCCAAGUGGAAAUAACAGAUUCGGAACCAGAAACAAUGGCUCAAGUAGAAACGGUAGUAGAACCAGAAGAAUCAGAAACACAAUCAAGCGUUCAAGUGGAACAGGUAGAAUCAGUCAAAGAAAAAAUCGCCCAAGUAGAGCCGGUAUCAGGCGGUUACGUGGAACCAGUCCAAUCGAUUGAAUAUAAUCCCACCAGUAUUGUGAAAAAAUUACAAAAAAUCCAAGUAUGUCAGGAGAGUCCAGUGCAUGUGAUGGUUGGAGGAACAAAAUUUGUCACCAGCAUACCAACUAUCACAGCCGAACCAUCUCUGUUAUCUGCUAUGGUAGACAAGGAUUCAAUCGUUAGACCACAGAUGAUUGACAACAUACCAACGUAUAGUCUGGAUAGAAAUCCAGAGGAAUUUUCUGUAAUUCUAGAUUACCUGCGGAAUAAAGGCAAUGUACCCGCUAGAUAUGAAUUACCAGUUACCACCAAUCAAUUGGAAAACCAGCUAUUGGAAGCUACGUUUUAUGAGUUAGAGGGAUUGAAAGCCCUGAUAGUGGACAAACUUCAUUAA